AUGACAGUUAUCACGAAACCUACCAUAACUGCAGAGGCGUUGUUUGACCAGAUAUCUGAGGCAUACGAGGAUGCGUAUGGCGGCAACGAGGGGCUCCGUACGGCAUUUGCCAGGUUAAAUGAUUAUCACGAAGCAGGCUCAUCAGUCCUCGAUAUCGGUUGCGGCCCUGGAGGGCCUGCAUCUCGUUUGAUCAAAGCCGGCUUCCAAGUUACUGGCAUUGACAUCUCGCAAAAGAUGGUCGACUUCUGCCAAAAAAGCUUCCCCGGAACCUUUCACAAGGCUGACAUGACAAAAUACGAACCAUCUCAGCAAUUUGACGCUAUCGUUUCACUCUUCAACUUGUUCCAAGCGUCAUAUACAACGACAUACUCUAUGGUAUUCAAAAUGGCAUCCUGGCUCCGUCCUGGCGGUACACUUAUUCUGGGAACAAUCGCGGCAGAGGACUAUAUCCAGGAUAAAGCGGCUUUAAGCACUGCUCGGAAACACCAAUACAUUGAGAACUACGACGCCAACUUCAUGGGACGAGUCAUCCCUGUCACGUUCCUCACUAUGAGCAUGUGGCUGAACGUUGUACAGCAGGCCGGCCUCUUCAUCCAAGUUGUUGACCGAUGUGACUUCGAGAUCAAAGGUUUCGAGCACAAAGAGAACCAUUUGUUUAUCACCGCGAGGAAGAUGAAACUGGAACCGCUGUUUGGACCAUACCCCUUGCCUACCUUCCGAAGACGUCCACAUCUUCUGAGCGAGGGAGCAUGGAAGCCAUUUGCGGAGCGACUUACACGUCAUGAAUUUGACGCUGUUCUCAAGGCUGUCGAGUCAAAUAAAGAGGUCCUUGAUAUUGGCAGUGGCCAUGGCGAAUUACCUGUAGCAAUAGCCAAACAGCUAGGUAAAGCCUACGCCAUCGAGCCAAAUGGGGACAGAAACGAGGUCCUUACCAACAACAGUGCACAGUCAAGUGUCAAAAUCCGGCAGGGAACAGCUGAAAAGCUGCCCUUCGAGGAUAAUAAGUUCGACGCCGCCGUAGCUCUCUGGAUCCUGCACUAUGUGGAUGACCUGGAGCAGUCACUCACUGAAAUGACCCGCGUGGUAGAUGCCACAGCUCCCAACGCUCGCAUUGUAAUCGUCCAGGGAGCGCCAGACAACGAAGUAGUCAACCUCAUUAAUAAGGCUUGCGCCCCUAUAGCACAGCAGGGAAUGCUGGCCGAGGAGUCUUCCAUCGACCACCAGGGCUUCCUGCUCGCCACGGCAGCCAGGGUCUUUGCCACGCAUGGCUUCGGUAAUAUUUCUGUUGCACGGGUCGAUGCACACUGCAAUUUCCCGGAAGAAGACCUCUCUGUCCGUUGCACCAAAGCGGCGGACGUCCUGACGGAUUUCUGGUAUAAGGAUCACCCUAGGAACAGUGAAAUGAAGGAGGCAUUCCAGCCCGUCCUGAAGGAACAUUUUGCGAACAGGCCACUGGAGGUGGGUGACCAGGCAGUCAUCUUAAUCGCGAAGCCGACAGUCCGCCAGUAG